UUUAAGAACAGACUAACCUUAUGGGAGGAGAACUUGUCACUCAGACAUGAUUAGCCAAUCAGGUCCUCCAGGUAACUUGCCAGUCAGAAAUGGUGGAGGGCCUUUCCGGGUUCCCGCUUGGCAGUGAAGUGGAAGUUGAGCCAGCCCUGUGUGCUGUUCAACUAAAACUCCUCAAGGGACCUGUGUGGAGCGCUUGGGAAAGCUAGGAAACCGCGACAUGAAUGUCUGGCAGACUCUUCUGUGAAACAGGAAUCCCAAAGCACUCUUCUGGCUUGCUUGUUUUGAAAAUGUUCAUCAAUCACUUUCCUGUUGCUGCUGCAUGUAAAAUCUGCACAGCACACUGUUGAUCAACCAAAGGUAGUAGCAGGUUUUUUUCACCCAGUGAUUAGCCUUACCAGAAUGAAAGCAACACCAAUGGAGUUUCUUCAAUACCCAUCAUUUCUUAAGCAAAAUGCAGUGACCUAUGAUGAUGUGCAUGUUGAUUUCACUUGGGAAGAAUGGACAUUGCUGGAUCCUUCCCAGAAGAAUCUCUACAAAGAUGUUAUGCUGGAGACCUACAGAAACCUCACUAUUAUAGGAUACAGUUGGGAAGACCAUAAUAUUGAAAAGCCUUCUCAAUGGUCUAGAAGAUAUGAAAGGCAUGAAAGAAAUCAAACUGGAGGAAAAACUUCCACGUACCCUCAAAGUAUUAAAGCCGUUGCAUGUGACAGUCAUCUUCAAAGACAUAAAAGAAAACAUCCUAGCAAGAAACCAUAUGAAUGUAUUCAAUGUGUGAAGCUCUUUUCAUGUCCCAAAAGACGUCAUAAACAAAAAAGAAAAUAUACUGGAAAGAAACCCUUUGAAUGUACUCAGUGUGGUAAAGCCUUUGUGUAUCACAGUGAUCUUCAAAGACAUAAAAGAACACAUACUGGAGAGAAACCUUAUGAAUGUAUUUGGUGUGGUAAAGCAUUUGCAUGUCACGGUGAUCUUCAAAGGCAUAAAACAACACAUACUGGAGCGAAACCCUUUGAAUGUAAUCAUUGUGGUAAAGCCUUUGCACGUCACAGUCAUCUUCAAAUACAUAAAAGAACACAUACUGGAGAGAAACCCUAUGAAUGUACUCAGUGUGGUAAAGGUUUUGCAAGUCAGGGUCGUCUUCACAUUCAUAAAAGAACACAUACUGGAGAGAAACCCUAUGAAUGUACUCAAUGUGGUAAAGCAUUUGCAUGUUACAGUGGUCUUCAAAGGCAUAACAGAACCCACACUGGAGAAAAACCCUUUGAAUGUAAUCAGUGUGGUAAAGCCUUUGCACGUCACAGUCAUCUUCAAAUACAUAAAAGAACACAUACUGGAGAGAAACCCUAUGAAUGCAUGCAGUGUGGUAAAGCCUUUGCAAGUCAGGGUUAUCUUCACGUUCAUAAGAGAACACAUACUGGAGAAAAACCCUAUGAAUGUACUCAGUGUGGUAAAGCCUUUGUGUCUCGCAAUAGUCUCCAAGCACACGAAAGAACCCACACAGGAGAGAAACCCUAUGUAUGUAAUCAUUGUGGUAAAGCCUUUGCAUGUAAUGCUCAUCUUCAAAUGCAUAAACGAUCACAUACAGGAGAGAAACCCUAUGAAUGUAAUCAGUGUGAUAAAGCCUUUGCAUAUCACAGUGGUCUUCAAAGGCAUAAAAGAAAACAUACUGGAGAGAAACCCUAUAAAUGUUAUCAGGGUAGUAAAGCUCUUGUAUGUCAUAAUAGUCUCCAAAUACAUGAAAGAACACAUACUAGAGAGAAACCCUAUGAAUGUAAUCAGUGUGGCAAAGCCUUUGCAUGUCACAGUGAUCUUCAAAGGCAUAAAAGAACACAUACUAGAGAGAAACCCUAUGAAUGUAAUCAGUGUGGUAAAGUCUUUGCAUUUUACAAUAGUCUCCAAAAGCAUGAAAGAAUGCAUAUUGGAGAGAAACCCUAUGACUGUAAUCUGUGAUAAAACCACUGCAUUCCACAGUAGUCUUCAAAUGAAUAAAAAAAACUCAUAGUGGAGAAAAACAGUAUGAAUGUAAUCAUUGUGUUUAAUCCUUUGUGUAUCUCAAUGGUCUUCAAAGACAUAAAAGAACACAUACUGGGGACAGAGUCUAUGCAUGUUGUUUGUUACAGCCUUUCAUUUCACAAUAGUCUUUCAAUACAUUAAAGAACCUGUAUUGGUGGGAAACCCUAUGAAUGUAUUCACUGUGGUCAAAACAUUGCAUGUCAAAAAGGUCUACAAAAGAAUAGACAAACACAUACUUGAGAACACAUACUCAGAGGAUUAGCAUGUAUAAACACACUAAGAACUUCUUAAUAUUCUAUUCAUACUCUGUCUUGAUGUAAUUCAUUAUCAGCUCACAGCACAAACUGGAGAACACAUACUCUGUGGAUUAUCAUGUGUUCAUUUCACUCACCGAGAAUUUAAUAGUCUAGUCAUACCCUGUUUUGAUGUAAUUCUAUAUCAAAUCACAUGAGAAACAUGAGGACUCCAUCUCAACUGGUUAUGAAGGCCCAAAAUUAGAACCUAUUUUUAUCCUGACAGAUAUUCAGGAUAUCUAAAUGUACUUUUUCUCCUUUUUGUUGUAAUAAGUGGUUAUCCGCAGAGUGGUUGCCUUUGGGAUACUUGGUGUAGAGUGGCUGUAGUACCUAAACAACAUAAUGCUAAUGACUUGAUGAGUCAAAGUGUUAAAACAAUUGACUGUUCAAGUUGUCCUUUGAAUCAUGUUUAAGAAUUCCUUUACCUUCUCCUCGCUUUUGUAUUGGGGUACAUAAUACUCGGAAAAUUAA